AUGGGCUCGCCCUUGCCCACGGCUGGCGCGGCGGCUACCGUCCUCGCCUCGCUGGAGCACCCGGGCAAGCUCGCCCACCCGACGCCGGCACCAGGGCUGCAUCCGGAUCCGGUUGAGGGAGGAAGAGCCGCGGCUGGCGGAGAUGGCCCGCGGGUUCGGGUCGAUGAGAACAGCGCGCCGGCGGAUGCCAACGCGAGUGCAAGCGACGGGAGCCAGGCCGGCGCGAAAGCUCAAGAGCUCAAUCCGGGCAGCAAGAAAGGCGGGGGCGCAACGCCUGGAAAGGCGCAGCAGGCGGCAAUGCGUAAUGGAGUGAGCACCGGCGCGGCGGAUGCGGGCGCAGGCACGGCGGAUGCUCCGCCGAGUGACCAUGGUCCGCCGAGCCUCCUCUCGCAGGCGGAGCGAGCCUCUCUCGGCUCGCUGCCCGGCACGCCGCCACCGGUCUCGGAGAGCGUUCACGCCGGUGACGGCGGCGGGCUCGACAAUCUGAGCGAGAGCGGAAUGAGCGAGGGCAAAGGCGGCGAAGCGGUCCGAGUUUGCGAAACGUUUACGGUGCGAGUCGAUCGGGCAGAUGUGCUGGUGCCAGACGUGCGGAUGACACAUCCGCUGGUGCAGGUGCAUGUGAUCGGGGAGGAGAGUGGAAGCCGGCUGCCGCGCGGCACCGACUCGGCACCGGUCAACGCGCCGCCCGUCUCGUCAAGCCUCGAUGCCAUUGAGCCGCUGCUGACCAAGCCGUGCAACUUUCGGGCGCGUGGCGUGUUCGAGCCAGUGUGGGAGGAGAGCCUCGAGUUUGGCGUCCCGUGGGCCAACGUGGUCAAGCCGGGCGUGUUGCUCCUUUUCGAGCUGCUUGACUAUGGCGGACUCAAUGAGGCCGUCCAGGCGAGCAAGUCCAACAAGGAGGCCGACGGGUGGUUCCGCAUCGCAUGGGGCUUUCUCAAGGUUGCGCCGACGCCGGAUCGCAGCUACUCUAGGCGGCCGCUGCGGCUGCAGUUGUACAAGUACCCGAAGAGCUUUCUACUAUCUGGCGUCGUGCAAGCCGCGACGGGUGCUGCGUGGGGCCGCAAGCAGUACCCAUCGACGCUGUACGUCUCGUUGGUUCCGGCCCUGACGCCGAUGAUCUCGAGGUCGGCGGCGCUGUCAGGCCUGGGCUCGAUGUCGGGCCUCGAUCGCGCAGCGGGCGAGGACCUGCUUCUCGGCGUCCACGGCUCAGACGAGGGCGGAUCACGGACACUUACUGGCGAGCUCGACGAGCUGGCGUCGGUGACACGGCACUGGCCGCGGCUGCCGGGGCAAAAGUGCAAGGUGCCCAACAAGUUCACCGGGGCGCUCGACUGCGGCGACGAUGGCGCGUUUGUGGUCAAGUGGGCGCCGUCGGGCGAGUACCUGGCCGCGGCGAUGGGCAAUGACGGUCACUUUCCGCUCCGCAUCUACUCGUACGAGCGGAAGCACGUUGUCGAUCUUGUGGGUCACGCCAAGCUAGUGUACGAGCUGGCAUGGUCCCCGGCGUCCGAGCCGGGGACUGGCGCCUCGCUCUUGCUCUCGGCGUCGGCCGAUGGAACGGCCAAGCUUUGGCGGGUCGGCGGGAGCGGCAGCAGUGCACCCGGCCUGCUGGUCAACUAUCAGCACACAGCGUUUGUGUACACGGCGCAGUUCCAUCCGACAGCGGUGGCACCGCCAGUGGUAGCCACGGGCGCGUUUGACUGGAUUGUGCGGCUGUUCAACCAGACGAACGGCGAGUUGCUCCGCGAGAUUGCUGGGCACACGUCGACGGUCAACUCGAUUGUGUUCUCACGCGACGGCUCGCACAUGUUUUCAGGCGACGGUGCCGGGCUCGUGCGGGUGUGGACGACGCGGGUGACCAAAUCGGGCGCACCUGCGCUGGCCGAUGUGGCGCGGCUCAAGACGCUCGACAUGAAGGAGCUGGCCGACAUGCCGGCCGGGUGCGCGGUCAACGUCCUGCGGAUGCAUCCGACGCAGAACCGGCUGCUUAUCCAUGGGCGGGCCAACACCAUUGUAGAGAUUGAUCUCCGGUGGUACAAGGUGCUCUACAAGCAAGAGGGCUUCCUCAACGAGGAGUUUGAGAUCAAGUCGGACUUUUCGCCGUGCGGCAACUUUGUGGUCUCGGGCUCGGAGGACGGCUCGGUCUAUGUGUGGGACGUGCUGCAGGGCGGGCGGAUCCGGCAGGUCUUUGCCCGGCUCCCGUUUGAUGCGCCGGUGUACUCGCUCGACUGGCAUCCGUUUGCGCACGUCCUUGCCUUUGCCUCGUACGGUGGCGCACAGCCAUUGCUGCUGUUUGGCUAUGACGCCGCGGCACUGCCUGGGGCGGCCGAGCUUGGGGCAUCGGCGGCUGAGGCUGCCGAGGCCGCGCGGCAGAACGAGGUCAUUACUUCAGAGCUCGACGCGCAAAAGUCAGAGAUUCAGCGGCUGAUCCGGACCCGCGAGGAGCUCAAGGCCGAGCAGGUUGGGCGCAUUUUGCAGGGUAUCAUGGACGAGAUUGCGCUUGCACGCCAGCGCAACGACAUGCCCAAGCUCGACGCGAGGCGGCGGAGGCGACUCAAGUCGGCGCGCAAGAAGCAGGCGAUUGCCGAUGCCCGCGCUCACCGCAAGGGCCGCAAGCUGCGGUUCGAGGAUGAGGCAGUGUCGGGCGAGGACUCGAGCGAUGCCUACGACGAGUCUGGCGAGUAUGAGACCGAGUCGUCGACCAAGUCUGCGACCGGCCGCGAGUCCGGCCUCGACGCCAAGCUCGCUGCCGAGCUGGCUGCCGCGCGGACGGCCGAGGAGAGGGUCCUUGCGCGCAAGUUCUACAACAAGACCAAGGACGCCGUCGCCGACCGCAAGCUCGAUGCCAUCAACUCGCGGCUUCGGGCCAUGGCGGCGCGCGACAACGACGACGUGCUCCACGCCGCCAACGUUUCGGUCUCGGAGCUCUCAGCCGCAGCAACCAAGGGCGAUGCAGCCCGCAGCGCCGGGCUGGCGGACGUCGUGGCUCGUGCGACGAGCGAGGGCUCCGGGGCACCAGCCCAGAUUUGA